CAAACGGCGUAAGUUUUCUUUCGCGUGACUGGGUGUCGGAUGGGUCAAGCCAUACUGGUAGCUCUUGCAGGAUAGCCGAAAGCAUUUCCGCCAAGCGAAUAUUCAGCCUAAUCCUUCGAAGUUGAUAUCGGGCACGCUAAAGACCCCUCUACUCUGUGCCCCUACUGCGAUGAACCACUCCCGCCUUAUCCAACACCCUCCUUCCAAGGUCUCCUGUCCGAAGCCCACAAGAAGUCGCGCGCAGACCCCCGCCCGCGAAACCCGCGGGGCCUCGCGGCCCCGUUGGCGAUCUAUAUCUCAGUGUGUCAGCGGCACCGUUUCGAAAGACAUCAGUUACCCAUCGCAUUGGAGCGUGGAUGGCCGCAGGUCAUCAACUUUAAGAACUUGCCGAUGAGGGUGAACAGGAUGAAACCUUACUUGGAGGCUAUCAUCAUGGACAAUUAUGAUCAGGACACUGACCAUGACGUGGCCAGUGACACUGACGAAAACGAUGAUACGAGAGGACCAAGAAGUCGAAGUGCGUUCUGGAAAGAGGUGAAACGAGAAGUUAAGAAGCAAGGAAGUAGGACGACUCUCGGCGUCAAAGGACAAUUUGCGAGCUUCGAAAAGAUUCAGCCAGGAUAUUAUGGUGAACAAGGGUCGGUCAUCAUCCACCAAACACUCUUCAACCUCUUCCCGCCUUCCUCCUUCGAUUCGUCACUCAUCGAACCGCUCACCCCAACAGAAUUUAUACAACGGGUUCUAGUCCCUGAAACAGCAGCACGUCUAAUCGCGCAGGACCUUGGCGUGGACAUGGACUAUGCUAUUAUGACAUUGCACGAAAGCGCACGAUAUGGUGUUGCCAUGUUCCCCGACACGGGAGGGCCUGAUGGCAAACGUGUCAUCGACGAAGAGAUGGGGGUGGCCGAUCAAAUCGUCAUGGAACGUGCACGUACGCGGCGGAAGGAACUCGAAGAGGAGGAAAGGGUCGAGGAGGAGAUGGUUAAGGAAGAGGCACAGAAGAAAGCUAGAACGAGAAGAGGGAGGUUCGCUGAGCGCGCUCUGAAUGCGCGGGAGGCUAGGGAGCCCCUUGCCGUUGAAAGCGAUGACCUAACUCUGAUAACUCUGAACCCACGGAGCCGGUGGACGUCUUGAAGCGCACAAAGGGCAAAAACGCCGAGCGCAGGAGCUCAGCGAAAAUCAUAUACCCCGUGGAAGAUGAACAAACACCUCGUCCUUCAAGGCGCACGGAAU